AUGACCGCCACCCCUCAUGGACAUCCUGGAGGAGGGAGUGACAGCCAUGGCCAGGCUCCUGAUGGGCAGUCUCAGCCCCCCUUUCAACAGAAUCAGGCAAGUUGGAUAAAUGCAAGUAAAAAGCAACGUGAAAAGCUACUUGAGCUGAUAAGUCGUCUUGCAGAGCACGGUGAAGAUGACAUGUUGGCACAGAAGGUGUUGAACCUUCUUUGGAAUCUGGCCCACAGUGAUGAUGUGCCUCUAGACAUCAUGGACCUUGCUCUUAGUGCCCACAUAAAAAUACUAGAUUAUAGUUCUUCCCAGGAUCGAGACACACAGAAGUUGCAGUGGAUAGAUCGCUUCAUAGAAGAACUUCACACAAAUGACAAGUGGGUGAUACCUGCAAUGAAACAAAUACGAGAAAUUUGUAGUUUAUUUGGUGAAGCCCCUAAAAAUUUGAGUAAGACUCAGCAAAGUCCUCGUGCGUUUUAUCGUCAUGAUUUAAUCAGUCAACUUCAGCACAGUCAUACCUUAGUUGCUCUGGUAGCAGAAAACCUUGCAGCAUACAUGAAUAGCAUGCGGCUGUAUGUUAAAGAACAUGAGAACUGUGAUCCACAGACUGUGAGAUUUGGAAGUCAAUACAGUCAUGUUCAAGAAGUCCAAGAACGGCUUAACUUCCUUAGAUUUUUAUUGAAAGAUGGCCAACUGUGCCUCUGUGCUCCUCAAGCAAAACAAAUAUGGAAAUGCUUAGCAGAGAAUGCAGUUUACCUUUGUGACCGUGAAGCUUGUUUUAAGUGGUAUUCCAAGUUAAUGGGGGAUAAACCAGACUUAGAUCCUGAUAGUAAUAAGGACUUCUUUGAAAGUAGUGUGCUUCAGCUUAAUCCUUCGCUGUUAACUGAAAAUGGAAUAAAAUGUUUUGAACGAAUCUUUAAAGCUGUUAAUUGUCAAGAGGGGAAACUAGUAGCAAAAAGAAGAGCCUACAUGAUGGAUGAUUUGGAAUUGAUAGGAUUAGACUACCUUUGGAAGGUUGUGAUUCAGAGUAAUGACGACGUUGCCAGCAGAGCUAUAGAUCUCCUUAAAGAGAUGUAUACAAAACUUGGGCCCAGAUUACAGGUCAAUCAGCUAGUUAUCCAUGAAGACUUCAUUCAGUCUUGCUUUAAUCGUUUGAAAGCUUCGUAUGACACAUUGUGUGCUUUGGGUGGCAAUGAAGACACAAUUAAUUUUGCAACGCAGGAAGCCAUUCGAAUGGUUCGAGUAUUAACUGUGUUAAGGGAAUACAUAAAUGAAUGUGACAGUGAUUAUCAUGAGAAAAGAACAAUUCUACCUAUGUCAAGAGCAUUCCAUGGUAAAGACCUUUUUCUUAUAGUUCAAUUUCCAAACCAUGGCGGACAGGUUGAUGACUUGGACAUACGGUCCCAUACAAACGAUACAGUUGGUUCAGUACGGCGAUGCAUUCUCAAUCAUACUAAAGCAAAUGUGGCCCACACAAAUAUUGAACUCUUUGUGGGUGGUGAGCUUAUAGAUUCUGAAGAUGACAGAAAGCUAAUGGGACAGUUACACUUAAAAGAUAAAUCAGUAAUUACAGCCAAACUUACACAAGUGAGUUCCAACAUGCCUUCAAGCCCUGAUAGUUCUUCUGAUUCUUCUACUGGAUCUCCUAGAAACCAUUAUAAUCACUACAGUGAUGGCCCCAGUCCAGAAGUGGAAAGUUGUUUGCCUGGGGUAAUAAUGUCACUGCAUCCCAGAUAUAUCUCUUUCCUUUGGCAAGUUGCAGACUUAGGUAGCAAUCUGAAUGUGCUACCUCUUAGAGAUGGAGCAAGAGUACUUAUGAAACUUAUGCCUCCAGGUAGCAUAACAAUAGGAAAAUUAAGAGCUGUUUGUUUGGACCAUGCAAAACUUGGAGAAAAUAUCCUUGAACCGUCUCUUGAUUCACUUUGUGGUCCUUCUGCCUCCAGAGUGCUAUACCUAACAGAGGUAGUUUAUGUCCUGUUAAUGCCUGCUGGUGCAUCUUUGGCAGAUGAUUCCCCUGACUUUCAGCUUCACUUCUUGAAAAGUGGUGGCUUAUCCCUUGUACUGAGUAUGCUAACAAGUAAUAACUUCCUGCCAAAUACAGAUACGGAAACUCGGAGAGGUGCUUACUUCAAUAGUCUUAAAAUAGCUAAACUGUUGUUAACUGCCAUUGGCAGUGGCCAUGUUCGAGCUAUAGCAGAAGCAUGUCAGCCAGCUGCAGAUGGUGCAGAUACCAUAAAAACGAUGAACCAAGUUACUCACAAUCACAUGGUGAUAGUACAAAAUGUCCUUCAGAGCAUGCCUAAUCCGUCAUCUGAAUACAUGGUUAGAAAUGUUUCCAUACGUCUUGCUCAGCAAAUAUCUGGUGAGGCUUCAAGAUAUAUGCCUGAUACUUGUGUAAUUAGAGCUAUACAAAAAAUCGUCUGGGCAUCAGGAUGUGGGGCAUUAGAGCUAGUCUUUAUCCCAAAUGAAGAAAUUACUAAAAUGUAUGAGAUGAUGAUCACCAAUGCAAGUAAUGAGCCAGAUACAGAAGAUGAACAGGUUUGCUGUGAGGGAUUCGAAGUGAUGACGUUAUGUUUUGCUCUACUUCCAACAGCUUUGGAUGCACUUAGUAAAGAAAGAGCCUGGCAAACAUUUAUCAUUGACUUACUAUUGCACUGUCCCAGCAAAACUGUUCGUCAGUUGGCACAGGAACAUUUUUUUUUAAUGUGCACCAGAUGUUGCAUUGGACACAGGCCUCUGCUUUUCUUCAUUACUCUGCUCUUUACCGUUCUGGAGAGCACAGCAGGAGAGGCGGGUAGACACUCAGAUGACUAUUUCACUCUUCUACAACACCUUCUUAAUUAUGCUUAUAACAGCAAUAUUAAUGUACCCAAUGCUGAUGUUCUUCUCAACGAUGAAAUUGAUUGGCUCAAAAGAAUUAGGGAUAAUGUUAAAAAUACAGAUGAAACUGGUGUUGAAGAGCCGAUCUUGGAAGGCCAUCUUGGGGUAACAAAAGAGUUACUGGCCUUUCAAACAACUGAGAAGAAGUAUCGUAUUGGUUGUGAAAAAGGAGGUGCUAAUCUCAUUAAAGAAUUAAUUGAUGAUUUCAUCUUUACUGCCUCCAAAGUUUACCUGCAAUGUAUGAGAAAUGGGGAACUUCCAGCUAAACAGGCUCUCCCAGUAUGUAGUUCACCGGCUACCAUCAGUGCUGGUUUUGAACUACUCGUAGCAUUAGCUGUUGGCUGUGUAAGAAAUCUCAAACAGAUAGGAGACUGUUUGACUGAAAUGUAUUACAUAGGCACAGCAAUAACUACUUGUGAAGCACUUACUAAGUGGGAGUACCUACCACCUGUUAGACCUCGCCCUCCAGAAGGAUUUGUGGGCCUCAAAAAUGCUGGUACCACUUGUUACAUGAAUUCUGUGAUCCAGCAGUUAUACAUGAUUCCUCCUAUCAGGAACAGUAUUCUUGCAGUUGAAGGCACUGGUAGUGAUAUAGAUGAUGACAUGUUCAGUGAAGAGAAGCAGGACAACGAGAGUAAUGUUGAUCCGCGAGAUGAUGUUUUUAGAUGUCCUCAACAAUAUGAAGACAAACCAGCAUUAAGUAAGACAGAAGAUCAGAAAGAGUACAAUAUUGGUGUCUUAAGAUACCUUCAGGUCAUCUUUGGUCAUUUAGCUGCUUCUCGUUUACCAUACUUUGUGCCCAGAGGAUUUUGGAAAGAGUUCAGGCUUUGGGGUAAACUUAUUAAUCUACGUGAACAAUAUGAUGCCGUAGAGUUUCUUCAUUGUUUGGUGGAUAGUUUAGAUGAAGCUUUAAAAGCUUUAGGACAUCCAGCUAUGUUAAGUCAAGUCCUAGGAGGUUCCUUUGCUGAUCAGAAGAUUUGCCAAGGCUGUCCACAUAGAUAUGAAUGUGAAGAAUCUUUUACAACUCUGAAUGUAGACAUUAGAAAUCACCAAAACCUGCUUGAUUCUUUGGAACAGUAUAUCAAAGGAGAUUUAUUAGAAGGUGCAAAUGCAUAUCGAUGUGAAAAAUGUGAUAAAAAAGUUGAUACAGUAAAGCGCUUGCUAAUUAAAAAAUUACCUCCUGUUCUUGCUAUCCAAUUGAAACGAUUUGGCUAUGACUGGGAAAGAGACUGUCCAGUUAAAUUCAAUGAUUAUUUUGAAUUUCCACGAGAACUGGAUAUGGAACCUUACACAGUACCAGGUGUUGCAAAGCUGGAAAGAGAUAAUGUAAACCCAGACAGUCAAUUGAUAAAACAGGACGUGCAGUCUGAAAGUGAGACAGCAGUAAGCGCAAAAUACAGACUAGUGGGUGUGCUUGUGCACAGUGGUCAAGCAAGUGUUGGACAUUAUUAUUCUUACAUCAUUCAAAGGAAUGAUAAAGAUGAGAGAAAUCGCUGGUAUAAAUUUGAUGAUGGAGAUGUAACAGAGUGUAAAAUGGAUGAUGAUGAAGAAAUGAAAAAUGAGUGCUUUGGUGGAGAAUAUGUGAGACAAGUAUUUGAUCGUAUGACGAAGUGCGUGUCAUACCUGCAGCAGCAAAGGUGGUGGAAUGCUUAUAUACUUUUUUAUGAACGAAUGGACACAAUAGACCAAGAUGAUAAAAUGAUAAGAUAUAUAUCAGAGCUCACAAGAUCCCAUCAGAUUAUGUCACCAGCCAUUGGGAGAAGUGUAUGGAAAGAAAAUGUGCAAUUCAUGCAUAACCAAAUGCAGUACACUGUAGAGUAUUUUCAGUUUAUGAAAAAACUACUUACAUGUAAUGGUAUUUACUUAAGCCCUGCUCCAGGACAAGAUCACUUGUUGCCUGAAGCAGAAGAAAUAAGUAUGACUAGUAUUCAACUUGCAGCUAAAUUCCUCUUCACCACUGGAUUUCACACAAAGAAAAUAGUCCGUGGCCCUGCCAGUGAUUGGUAUGAUGCACUGUGCAUUCUACUCCAUCACUGCAAGAAUGUACGUUUUUGGUUUGCUCAAAAUGUUCUUUUUAAUGUUCCAAAUCGCUUCUCUGAAUAUCUUCUGGAGUGCCCUAGUACCGAAGUGAGGGAUGCGUUUGCAAAACUUAUAGUAUUUAUUGCACAUUUUUCAUUGCAAGAUGGGCCUUGCCCUUCAUCUUUUACAUCUCUGGGGCCUUCCAGUCAGGCCUGUGAAAACUUAAGCUUGAGUGACCACUUACUAAGGGCAGUCUUAAAUCUCCUGAGAAGGGAAGUUUCAGAGCAUGGCCAUCAUUUACAGCAGUAUUUCAGUCUGUUUGUAAUGUAUGCCAGUUUAGGUAUGACAGAAAAGACACAGCUCUUGAAAUUGGAUGUACCUGCUACCUUUAUGCUUGUGUCUUUAGAUGAAGGGCCAGGUCCUCCAAUCAAGUAUCAAUAUGCUGAAUUAGGCGAGUUAUACUCAGUAGUAGCUCAGCUGAUCCGCUGUUGCAAUGUCUCAUCAAGGAUGCAGUCUUCAAUCAAUGGUAAUCCUCCUCUUCCAAAUCCUUUUGGUGACCCUAAUUUAUCACAGCCUAUAAUGCCAAUUCAGCAGAAUGUGGCGGACAUUUUAUUUGUGAGAACAAGUUACGUGAAGAAAAUUAUUGAAGAUUGUAGUGACUCAGAGGAAACCAUCAGCUUGCUUCAUUUUUGCUGCUGGGAGAAUCCUCAGUUCUCAUCUACUGUCCUCAGUGAACUUCUCUGGCAGGUUGCCUCCUCAGACACCUAUGAACUUCAGCCAUAUUUGGAUAUGCUUUUGCAGAUUUUACUGAUUGAGGAUUCCUGGCAGACUCUCAGAAUUUGUAAUGCUCUUAAAGGAAUCCCAGAUGAUCGAGAUGGAUUGUUUAUAAUAAUCCAUUGCUCUAAAAAUCACUAUCAAAAAAGAGCGUAUCAGUGUAUAAAAUGUGUUGUAGCUCUGUUUAGCAGUUGUCCUGUUGCUUACCAAAUAUUAAAGGGUAAUGGAGAUCUUAUAAGAAAGUGGAUCUGUGCAGUGGAAUGGCUUGCAUGUGAACUUGAAAAAAUACCGUACACUGGCAACCCUCAAUGCAGUGAUAACAAUUGGUCUUCUCCAGUGCAAAGCAGUAAAACAUCAUCACGUUCUUAUUUAUUACGGAGGUCACAUAGUGCUAGGAUGACACUCGAAAAAGCUUGUGAAUUCUGUCCAGAGGAGCAUCCAGAAGACCAAGAUACCCCAGAUGAGCAUCAGUCCUCUGCAGCAGAAGAUGCCCCAUUAUAUACUAAUUCAUCUGGAUCUCACUAUCAGCAGAGUAAUCAUGUGCAUGGUCAGCCAUAUACAGGGCCUGCAGCACAUCCCUUGAACAGCUACCAGCAAACUGGUCAACAAGCACAAGAAAAUUAUGAAGGAGGCAAUGAAGAAGUAUCCCUGUCUCAAAUAAAGGAUCAGUGAAACACCCGUAUUUAACUGGUUCCUUUAACCACACACUCAGGCCUUACA